AUGCCUCCGAAGAAAUCAGACAAGUGGAAAUCUGGUGGUGGCAAGAAAGGGAAAGGUGCAAAAGGAGACGGAUCAAAGGGUAAAAAGAAAGGUGGCAAAAAGAAGGUGAAAGCCAAGUUGAGCGAAGAUGCUAAAAACAGGCAACAGGAGCAACGAGCUGCCGUCGAGGAAGAAAGGAGAAGGAUGAGGGAAGAAUUGAUCAAUUCUUUUCUCCGGCAUAAACUCAUAAAAGAGCAGAAUUUGACCCGACUUAAUCAAAGUAAACUGAUUGAAAAAUGGAGGCAUGUCCUUCGCGACGCGAAAAGCCAAGAGCUUUCCAGGGAACUAGAAUUAAUGAAAUUAGAUUUUGAUAAACGCUACACGGAGAACGUAACUGAAAUCAACCGUUUGAUGGAAUCUUUGCUCCAGAGCGGAUUGGAUUUCGUUCAGAUAUGCGAUCGCCAAAAAAUGGAAAGUGACAGAACUUACGAGGAACACGUGGCCAGACUAAAGGCUUUCGGGAACGUUUAUGAACAGGAAAGUAAAUCAUUUAAAGCCACCAUAGCCAAGGAUUAUCAAAAAGCUAUGGCAUGUCACCAAGAAGAAAAGCGUUCGCUGCUGUGUACUAUUAACACUCUGCAAUCGCAUUAUCGCGACAGCUAUACAGCCCAGAAAGCCAACUUUCAAGUCCGUAAAGACGAUAUCAUUAAUCAGGGUCUGGAAGACGAGCAGACAAUCCGUCAGAAUCUGGAGCGACGGUUAGAGAACAGCUGGCAGCAAUUACAUGAGAAUUGCGUCGAUAGCGGCGAGUUAGACGACCAACGUUGGGCCUUGUACUCUCUUUUACGUAGGAGGGAUCAAAUCGCAUGCGAGCAGCAGCAUAGCGCUGAAAAUCGUUUAGAAAAGCUCUCCAAGGCUGUCAACAAAAUCCAUGAAAAACACAACUGUCACGAGCACAGCACGCAAGAAUUGAUAGAGCGCCGCAACGAACUGCAUGACAGGAGAGAACGUUGGCGACUCAGGUUACUAAAACAACAGCAUCAACAUGCCGAAAGACUGAAAGCAGUGGCAGCAAGUUCGAGUGAUGCGGCCGAAUAUCUCGAACAAUUGGUUAGGCAAGGUGUGCUCAUUUUGCGAUCGGCUCAACGUUGUCGUCUUUUAAAACCGCAGCCGAGUUCCGGUUCGUCGUCAAAUUCGUCCGUCGCGUCGCCGUCCUCGGAGCCCUUUCAAUAUUUUUGGACAAGGUUCAACCAUUCUUACCUUGAGACAGUCCUUUUACAACGACAUCGGGCUGCUAUUGUACGCGGACGCACGGCUGAGGCCGCUCGACUUCAAAAGGAGGUCGGCAUCCCCACGCGCUGGAGUUUGAAUGGCACAAGUUUGGCUAUUCAUCCGGAGAAAUAAUAACGCUGGUUCUCGUAAAAAGGCCUUUUUCUUUCCCUCGCCAGGUUCCCUCUCCUUCCGGCCUUCACUAAACUGUUUGCUUCGUCGCUUUUAUCGUUCAAAUGGCAAUCAUUGAAAUAUUUCAUAUCAAGCAAUGGAAAUGAGAGCUGAGUUAAUCAGAAGAUCGUGGGAUGGCACACGUGCCCCAUAUCUCAUGUUUCUUCGUCUGAUCAGAGUCAGAGUACCAUUGAAAAGCAGCCAUAUUGACAAGAUUUGUGAAUAGCGUUUACACAGAGUUUGCCUUUUCAUUUUAUCUCCUUCCAUUCAAACGUGGCUCGUGAUCAUCGAUCUAAAAAUAAAUAGCAUUGCGUUCACAAAAGGAAUAAGGAUGGAUUUUGAAUUUCCUGCCACGCGGUGGGAUAGUAAUCUCUCGCAUAGCGUUUGAUGUGUGUCCGAAGAUUCCGGCAUAGCAUGAACGCUUUUGUAUUUUUCAAACAU